UCAGGAUUUCCACUGUCAACAUUUGGCUCUCGAGCGCUGCUGUGCAGAGCAACAACGAUGUCGGAGCAGGAGUCUCUGAAGUGCUCAAGUGCCAGAAACCGUGGAGGCGUACAGAGGGUCGAAGGAAAACUGCGAGCCAGUGUAGAAAAAGGGGAUUACUAUGAAGCACAUCAGAUGUACAGGACUUUAUUUUUUAGGUACAUGUCACAGGCGAAACAUGCUGAGGCCAGGGAGCUGAUGUACAAUGGCGCUCUGCUCUUCUUCAGCUAUAACCAGCAAAACAGUGCAGCGGACCUGUCCAUGCUGGUCCUGGAGGUGUUUGAGAAAUCGGAGACUAAAGUCGACGAUGAAGUAUUAGAAUGCCUGGCUAAGCUGUUCAGCCGGAUGGACCCGAACUCUCCAGAGAGAGUAGCGUUUGUGUCCAGAGCCUUGAAAUGGUCCACAGGAGGGUCUGGCAAGUUGGGUCACCCAAAACUACACCAGCUGCUAGCUGUCACCUUGUGGAAAGAGCAAAACUACAGCGAGUCUCGUUACCACUUCCUGCAUUCGUCUGACGGGGAGGGCUGUGCACAGAUGCUGGUGGAGUAUUCAGCGGCACGAGGCUACCGCAGCGAAAUCGACAUGUUUGUGGCGCAGGCCGUCCUACAGUUCCUAUGCUUAAAGAACAAAAACAGCGCUUCCGUGGUGUUCAGCACAUACACAGAGAAACACCCGUCCAUAGAGAAGGGCCCUCCCUUCGUCCAGCCCCUACUAAACUUUAUCUGGUUUCUGCUGCUGGCAGUGGAUGGGGGUAAAUUAACAGUUUUCACAGUGUUAUGUGAGCAAUAUCAACCUUCCCUGAAGAGGGACCCCAUGUAUAAUGAGUAUCUCGACAGAAUAGGACAGGUUUUCUUCGGCGUUCCGCCCAAACAGUCCCCAUCGUACGGUGGACUGCUAGGAAACCUGCUGAACAGCCUGAUGGGUUCGGGCGAGGAGGAUGACGGCGCCGAAGAAGCCCAGGAGGACAGCAGCCCCAUAGAGCUGGACUGAGCCUGCCCCCGGGACAAAGAGAACAAACGAACACACACACACAGACGCACACAUACACACCCAAAAAGAGGAAGACGGCGUCGCCUCCCUCCUUCACCUCCACACAGAGGGCGGGGGGGGGGGCGAGGCGCCGGUCCAUGUUUUCAGAGGCGUGCGGUUUCCAAAAAAAACCCCUCUUCCCACCCAUCCAGUCUUAAAAUCCCAGAAUCCAAAAGUAUCAGGCCGCCCAAACAUCCCUCUCAGCACUGCCGGGACUGACUGCGCCCAAACUGCAAACUCUUCCCGUGUUGAAUUGUUGUAAGAUUUAUUAUAUUAUAUUAUUUUAACCAUUUUUUUGUUUUGUUUUGUUAGUUUAAGACUCUUGCUCUCUGAUUAGGGUGUAGGAUUUUUAAACCAGAGCUAACAAACUGCCCUCUCCCUGUGAAAACCUGCUCCCAAGAGAUGGGGAACGGGUCGGAGUCUCCCAGAGGAGAGGAUGGCAUCGCAAGUGAAAGUUCUCUUCAUAACGUUGGUAACGACGUCAUUACAAGAGGGUUUAGUCAACGCCCUACAACUACUUAACUGCUUUUGUUUGCCCGACAGCCACACUGAGCUCGGAUCAUAGCCGUGGCGUUGCUGCUGUUGGCGCUUUCUCCGUUUAUAACUCUUGUUCUUUCAGUAAUAAGUUUAAUAUUGUACAUGUAGUCAAAGCGAGCUGUCAGUUUCUCGUGCUCUUUGUCCUUUUUAGCAAUAUGGACAAAAAGACAACAAAGCUCUUUGUAAGUUAUUAUCAGAGGUCAUUAAGCACCUCGAUUAUCAACCAAACAAACCUUCCCCCCACCCCCCCACGGAUUAUAGUGGGGGGGCUGUAACUUCUAUUCUAGUGAAUUACUGCAAACAUACAGCUGUCUGUAUACAAAUAGCUCCACUGUAGAGGUCCCACUUUUUACCGUGCACUCGCUGAACUGCUGCUGUUUGCAUCUCCAAAGGGGAAUUAUGUGAAAAAAAUCCAAUUUGGGCUUUUUAAAAAAAUAAAUUCUGGCAAUAAGGUGUUGAAAGCACUUAAAGCGUUUGUGUUUUGCUGGCUCUGGGUGCCUGUCUACGUGUCGCUGUGAAAAAUAAAAAGUCAAAGUUGGGGUUAUACCUUCCAAGUCUGUAAAGUGAUCUUUCUUAGAGGAGGGAAGUGAGACACUGUGAAAACCUUUUUGUUUGAGUGAAUCUUGCUUUUCAAGGUACCUGACAAUUUCUGGCUUUUGUUCAAUUCUGUUUUUCUUCGUUUUUUUUUCUUCUUCUGAUUUUUAAACAAGUUAGUCAAACAUCAGUUCAGCCAGUGCACAUCAGAAGUGUGAUUCCUACAGUAGCCUAACAUUCAUCAGCGGCCCACAGAAAGCACACUCGCUCUGCUCCUUUUCUCUCGACAGCUUUUUCUUUUCUCACAACUUCAGCUUCUUUAUGGUCUUGGUGACAUUCGAUCAGUCCAGGUCAAAUUUCUGUUUAAUACUAGGAAACAAGGAAAGUCCAAAGGUCUUCCAACGUAGAAUAAUAUUUAUUCACUUCUGUGUAAUUAUCUGUGUUGGAUUGUGAAACUCCAAAAUAGCCAAUACUAAAUAAGUGAUGAUAAAAUAAAUAAUUGUGUGAACCAAACUA